UACUACCUGACCAUCAGUCGCAAUUUCAAAUUACCCAGGGCGAGGUGUGAGCCUUUUUCGUCGCGCGUGUAUUCAUGACGGCGUGAUGUGUUCUCGCGGUGCGUUACUGUUUCUUUGUUGUUCGUUCCUGAUACUGACCGGUUACCGUUGCGAGGAAAAUGUCACCAACGUUACGGAGGAGAACGCGUUAGCGAAAUUAGUCAAAAUGUUUUCGAAGCCAGGCGCGUUCAAACGAAUCAAUGCGAUACUUGGUGAAAAUUCGAUUGAGGAGUCAUUUUCGUCUUGUCCAAAAGGCGAAGAAGGUCUUGAAUGCAGAAGAGCCGAAGCCAGACGAUCCGUCGAUUGUCCUCAAGGUGAUUGUUAUUGUUACAAUUGCGCCGCAGCUGGUCCUGAGUUAUGGGCAUCCUGUUGCCGUGAAAGCUUGCGAUGCUGUUCACAUCUCGCGGCAGCCUGUCGAACCUGUGACCAUCCGACGUUGUAUCCAUUUUGCUCAAAACACUUCAAGAAAUGUUUGGUCGAAUUUAAUGAAAAGAAGCAAAUUUAACAUCCAGUCUCUACGUUUUCAAAUCUUCGUUCCUCGCAACUAACGGGGACACUCAAUAUUUUCACAAAGUGUAAAAAGACAUGACAAUAAGUUAUUAUAAAUGAUACUUUCUAAACUUAUAAUCGGAAAUAAGAGAGAGAGUAUUCCAUCGAAUGAAGAUACGUUUCUUCACACGACAACGGUAAUCGUGGCCAUUUUUAUGGCACUUUUGCGCGUUGAUAAAUCACGAAAUUAAAUGCUUAGAAAAUAGUAACGCGAGGGGGAAGGAGUUAGAUUCGCUUAGUCUAACUCAAUCGUAUCUUGCAUAAGUUGAAAGUUUUACGUCGAGUUUCUAAAUAUAGCGCUUAUCUUUCGACCCGCUAAACUGGUCCCCGUUUCAUUUUUUGCCACGUUACAUUUCGCACCGGAUAGGGCAGUGCGAGACGCGAGACGCCGCGAUAAAUCGUACCUGAACUCGAGAAAAACUCGUGUACUUCUUUUCUUUCACGAAACGACGAACGUAGGGGACAAUGGCGGAUUCGUUGCAGAGAAGAACCAAUAGAGGGGAGCCAUAUUGUUUAAUAUUUCUAUAAUAAUGGCUCGAUGAUAAGAACGUGUCCGUGUACAGAAGAAAAAUGAUGAAUAAAAAAAAAAAAAAAAAAAAAAAAAAAAAAAAAAAAGAAUAAGAACAAAAGGAAUAGCAGAGUUUGUAAUGAUGAAAUUCUUGAGCGUCCUUAGGUCAAUGUACAAACAUAGUAAAAAAUUAAUGGUAUCUCCUAAAGGCUAAACGAUCGCAGGCCAUUAAUCCGCCGCUUGUAUCUUAACGAUUAUUGAGAAUGUGUUCGAGUUAUGCGAUUACUAUCCAAGCGAUAGACGAGACGUAACACAGGUAAUUCAAGUUACACAUUUACACAUCUAAAUGUUUCGUCGAUCGAAACGCACGAAAAUGACACAACGCUGAAGAUUCGAGAAAAUUUUUCUCUUCGACGGAUUUGUUUUUUUUCCAGUAACUUUUUUUUUCAUUCUUCUUUUACAUGUAACAUUAAAAGCUGACGUUUCGAAAGUACAAAUAAAUCAUCACUCUAGAUACAAUCAUUGAUAAGCUUUAUUCGUGUAGUCUCCAGAGUAUUCGGUAAUCUGUACUUUUUAAAACUACUAAUCCUAUAAAUUGUGGGGGCAGAGAUUCUCGUCAGGUAGCCAGACUUAAAGAUAGAAUAAUACGAAUUCAAUUUCAUUUCUCCUUUUCUGUCUUUGGACGUAAAAUUUCAGCCUAGGGAAUUUUUUCGUGUACUAUCUUUUCCCUAUUUUUCGAGCCAUUUUAGCGUGUUUUCUUCGUCCCCACUAAAUAUCGGACCUCGUUUCGUUACACAGCAUUUUAUUUUUAUUUUUUUCCCUCAAAUAUCUUAUACAGAAUAUUAUUCCGUGAUGUUCGAAGUUCUAUAUUGCUUUACCUAUAUUAGAUCGAAAAUUCGAUUUAUUUCAUUUUCUUUGUUGUUUCUCGUUUCGUUCGUUUCACACUACCGCCCUGCGUCGAACUUGCAAGUAUAAGUAUUUUUCGUUUACUCUUUCUCUUUCGUAUUCUCCGAGUAGAAAAAAAGUUUCCAUUUUUUUUCUUAUUUUUUUCUUUUUCUCCUUCGUGUUUAGAAUAUAAAAUUAAACUUUCGCACUUGACAGUGCUUUCAGUUCUUAAAUCAGCACCACACAUAGGUGAAAGACAAGACUAGAAAGGAAGAUAGGAAGAAACGUAGUUACUUUUUUUCUUUUGCAUUAUUCGUUCAUUUUCGUGAACCCUCGUUUCGCGUUACCACGUGAAAAAAUGCAAUGCGAUUUUUAAACGUUUUCCCAUUUUCGCGCAAGGUUCGUCUUCGGAGGAACGUAAUCGAUGAUUGGCUACAAUCUGACAAAUCGUCGAUCACACGAAACAUCUUACGCGAUUUCGGCAGUCGUAGAAGUGAUGAUGCAUUAUGUGCAUUUUUUUUCAUUCGUUUGUUUGCUUUUUCCUUUUUAAUUAAACAGAACACAUUUGUCAUGAAGAAAGGGAGGCUGGUGAGGAAACGCAAAUAUUUAAUAUACGCCAUGAUAGCAGUGAACAUAGAAACGCAGUCCACAUUUUGCCUUCUUACUGGAAUCACAAAAUUUUCAGGAAAAAUAAAAUUUGUAAAAUUUAUAAGGCGAACAUAUAUAUACAUGUAAUGAUUGAUUGGUAACACGCGAUAGUUAAAUCAACUUAUUGGUUAUGCAUAGUUGCUUUGCGUUAAAAGACCACGCACUCCCUCGCUUCGCAUAGUUGUGACGAUAAAAUACGAAUAAACCCGCUUUUUUCGUUUCUAUUUUUUCCUUUUUUUCUUUCUUUACGAUCAGGAGGAUGACAACGGUAGCGCCCUGGCAAAAAUGACAAUUGACAACGAUGAUAUUACUUCGAUUCUCUU